GACGGACGGACGGACGGAGGUCUUCAUCAUGAUAGCGGCAAGAAGAGCCAAGAGGGACUUUGGACAGAGCAGAAAAGACGCCGGCGACGAGCUGGAGUCGAGUGAGUACGCUCGCACGUCCAAUGCGCUCGUUUGGACAAAGAAAAAGAAAAAAAAGAAAAGAAAAGAAAAGAAAAGAAAAGAAAAGAAAAGAAAAGAAAAAAGAAAAGAGCAUUGUGAUUCAGGAUGGGCUGCGCGAGCAGUGACCAAGCGGCGGACGGCAACUUGGAGCCGCCGACAAAGAUAAUCUCCCUGGCGUCAAAUCACACGAUUUGGGAUGGAAGCACUUCCUGCGACAACGACGACGUGGUGUUUGUGGCUCAGCAUGACUUCAAACCCAGCAACGGCAGCGAGCUCUCUUUCGGGAAGGGAGAUCGAUUCAAGGUUCUGGGAGAAAACGGCGACUGGUGGCUGGCGCGCUCGCUGGCGACGGGACGCCAAGGCUUCAUCCCCUCCAACUACGUGGCCCGGGCGGACACCCUCCAGGUGGAGAAGUGGUUCUUCAAGGAUCUGAGCCGGAGAGAGACGGAGCGCUUGCUCCUGGCGCCUGGGAACAAACCCGGGGCCUUCCUCAUCCGGGAGAGCGAGACUUGCCCGCCGGGUUCUUUCUCGCUGUCCGUUCGAGAUUUCACAGCGGAAAGUGCCGACGUGGUGAAACACUACAAGAUCCGCUCUCUGGACAGAGGAGGCUACUACAUCUCCCCAUCCAGCACCUUCCCGUCCCUGCAGGAGCUGGUCAAGUACUACACAUGUUCCGCCGACGGUUUGUGCCAGCGUCUGUACGCCCCCUGCAAGAAGAAGCCGCCCCAGCGCCCGUGGGCGCCCGACCAAUGGGAGAUUCCUCGCCACACGCUAAAACUGGUCAAGAAACUCGGCGCUGGACAAUUUGGAGAAGUGUGGAUGGGUUACUACAAGGACACGCUGAAGGUGGCCGUCAAGACCUUGAAGGAGGGCACCAUGGAGCCCGGCGCCUUCCUGCAGGAAGCCAACCUGAUGAAGCAGCUGCAGCACGAGCGGCUGGUGCGGCUCCACGCCGUGGUCACGCGGGAGCCCAUCCUCAUCAUCACUGAGUUCAUGAGCAACGGAUGUCUGCUGGACUUUUUGAAGACGGAUGAAGGAAAAAGGCUCAGGCUCAACAAGCUGAUUGACAUGUCAGCACAGAUAGCCGAGGGCAUGGCCUACAUCGAGAGCAAGAACUCCAUCCAUCGGGACCUGCGGGCCGCCAACAUCCUGGUCAACGAGACCUUGCACUGCAAGAUCGCCGACUUUGGCCUGGCCAGGCUGGUGGAGUCCGUAUACACGGCGCAGGAAGGUGCCAAGUUUCCCAUCAAGUGGACAGCUCCCGAGGCCGUCAAUUACGGCACCUUCAGCAUCAAGUCGGACGUGUGGUCCUUUGGCAUCCUCCUGACGGAAAUGGUCACCUACGGAAGAAUACCCUAUCCAGGGAUGACCAACCCGGAGGUGGUCCGCAAGCUGGAGUUCUCCUUCAGGAUGCCCCGCCCAGAAGGCUGCCCGCAGGAGCUCUACCACAUCAUGACGGCCUGCUGGAAGGAGAGGCCCGAGGAGAGGCCCACUUUUGAGUUCCUGCAAAACGUCCUUGAGGAUUUCUUCGUCGCCACCGAGGGCCAAUACGAGAUGCAGACGUGAAGCCACAACUAGUACGCACAACAAUAAAAUACGCUCUUGUCACCACAGCUGCCGAUUACUA